AUGGAGACAUCUGCGGCGCUUCCUGGCGGACCUCACACAGACAGCAAGAACAGCGUCAUUAAACAUAAUGACCACAAUGACAUCAGCUUUGCCAACAACAACAACAACGUUUCUGCCGGCCUGGUUGACAAGUCAAACAAUGACCUGACAUCUCAUCUGUUGAUCCAGGAGAUGAGGGUUCGUCAGAAUGGUGUUUUUCCGAUGGAUGAGGCAAUUUCUGACGCUCUGCCAGACGGGUUCGCGUUUGUCUCAGUGGUGUAUUUUGGGUACAGUUCUUGGACCAUUACUGGCAAGCUAAUUGCUCGCUCUUCAAACGUCGGCUCGGUCUUUUUCGUCAAGAUAGCAUACGGAGAAACCGGCAGAGUCAUGCUCUUGGGCGAAUUCGAGUCAUCUAAGAUUAUCUACGAGCUUAUGCCAGACUUCAUACCGCAGCCUUUUGGGUACGGGAAGUAUAAGAAAGCAGACACGCCCACUUACUUCUACAUGUCUCAGUUCGUUGACCUCGACGUCACAAUGCCACAAGAUCCCUCGAUGUUCUGCGAGCGCCUGGCCGAACUUCAUCUUGGGAGUCAACGCCUUGCAGACAAAUUUGGCUUCCACGUCACUACAUGCGAUGGUGAUCGCGCGCACAUCGUCGAGUGGGAAUCAGACUGGGCCGUGUUCUACCGGAAGAUGUUCCUUCAUACGCUUAGCUUAGACAUCAAACGGAACGGCUCAUGGCCCGAGUAUGAGCUUGCCGGACAUCAGGUAGCUUGGAAGGUUAUCCCACUGCUUCUUGAGGGCCUCACAUGGAACGGGAAUCCGAUCAAACCCAGCCUGAUUCAUGGCGACCUGUGGGAGGGAAACACAGGCAUUAGCAACGAGACGAAUCUACCGAUGAUGUUCGACGCCGGAUCUUACUUUGCACACAACGAGAUGGAGCUAGGCCACUGGGUCUGUGAAUUUUCAGCAACGUUUGGUGCCAAGGCAUAUAUGGACCAAUACGUUGAGUCCUUCGGGAUGGCGGAGCCCGUUGAGGAGUUUGACGAUCGAAUCCGGCUGUAUAGCCUCAAAGGGGGCAUAAACUACUCUGCCGGCCAUCCUGGCAGCAGACUAAGAAAAUCGGCUUACAAUAGCAUGUGCUACCUCUGCGAAAAAUACGCUCCAAUCGACGGCAUUGAUGCCUACGACGAAGCCAUCGACCCAAUAAAGACAGGGGCCAAGAUUGUGUCCCACGAGGAGAUAAACUGA